CUGACAUUGAUAUUAGUAAACAAACCACUCUUAUAAAGUGGAACAAAUUCAAUAUUUGUUUUAUUAUACUGUUCCUUUAACUGUAUGGAAUGUUUUGUAAUUUGGCACUGAAGAUGGAGUACUUUACUCAGAUUGGAUGUUGAAGAACAUCUCAUGGAUGGACUCUCUGACAUUGCCGGUUGUGGAGACCUGCUUGUCCAGUUAUGUCAACAAUCUGAUCACACAGUUAGCUGUCACUGAAGCAUGCGAUGAUAGUGCACUGAAUGAAGGAUUUCUAGACUUCAAGUAUAUCUGUAGUAUGCUUCCAGGUAACGCAGAGGAUGAGCCAAGUGUAUACUUUCCAGCCUGUGUGACCAGUUUAGCUCCAAUUCUUACAUCAGUAGAAAAUCUUGUGGGAAAGAUUGGUCCGCAGAACUUCCUUGAUACUUACCUUCCAUAUGUUUCCUGGACUGGAAAGCAACAGGUACUGGCGGAAAUAUGGCGCGACAUGUUUACUCAUAACCCUGUGGAUGAAGUCACUGCCGUGCUGGUCACUUCAUCCGUUCUUGAGAGAGCUCUCGGGGAUGUGUAUAUGUUGAAAGGGCCAGCCCCGUGUCCGUCCAUGCUGAAAGAUCUGCUUGUAACAGAGCAGCUUAAGGAAAUUCUUGGAGAACACGUGAUGUGCAUACUCCGGCUGGUAAUUGGUCCUCCAACCUCUCUUAACCUCCGAAAUGUUGCAUGGCAUGGUUUUCCCUUUCCGGGAGAAAUACCAGCAAGGUGUAUUUGGUUCCUGAUACUACUGGUACCCAGCAUAGGUCGAGUGUUGGAAGAGAGGCUGGUCCCAGUGCUGAUGUUACACCGGGAACCUAUGGUCUUUUCUCGCACCAAACUUAUUACAGAGGUUGAUAUUUUGUCUAGCAAGGACCUCAUUGAGGCUGUAAAAGACACCCAAUUUGUAUCCUGGGACACAAUAAUGUUUUGGACAAAUAUCACCAGUUUAUAUACCCAAGAAAGGUAUGGUGAAUGUACCGCUCUUCUACUCUACUACCUAGAGCAGGGUCUACGGCUUGUGUUUGCUACUGCCAACAACUGUGAGAACAGAAUUUUGACUGCUGAGGCAACAACAUUAUACACUACAUUUGAUGAGAUGUUAGAUCCCUUUCUCCCUGAUGGGUCUGAAAACCGACUGAGAAUGGUUAUAGGAGAAGAGAUAUUGGAAAUACUCCUUGACCACCUGACCUACCCGGGCGGCCCUAGGGUGAGGGACCGUUUGAGUCACGGUGAAGCAUGCUGGGAAAGGUUUCCAUGGCAACUAACACGUAACCUGGCAACUAUCUGUGUGGCACUGUCAGCCAUGUUUGUAAAGGAUGGGAAACAUAUUCAUAACAAAUGUGUAACCAUACUUCAUGAGGAUAUUAAGUCAUACAGUGUCCAGUUUCAUAGAAUAAGCCUGUUAAAGAAGGAGAUAUCUACCUUCUUUAAGAAAGCAUCUGAGACAGAUUCCAUGAUUUUACUGCAGCCUGACCUUAGUGAAAGAAAGCCAAACGAUCCUUUCCAGUCUACAGAUGAAGUAUCUUCACUUGAAGCAAAGCUCAGGGACAUCGUUGCUGUUUUUGAUGGACAUUGGGCAUAUGUGGGCUCAAAAUGUUUUCAAUAUUGUGACCUCCAUCAUUUGAAAUCAACAGUUGAUGAAAUUUUGCAGCAAAAGAUACAUACCCUGUACAGAAACUCGAAGGGUUCCAACUGUGAUAUUGAAAAUGAGGUGCUAACACUGCUGGACCAUAUAGUAGAUGAGUGUUUGCAAGUCAUCACUCAGAUGCAACAGUUUGCAACAAACAGGCAACAGCAGAUGACGCUAAAACAGCUCAGGUCACGGCAGAGAGAGAACUUCAAGAAGUUCCUAGCAAGUGUACCAUCAUUGGUUGUGGGGCCGUGCACAUGUGUAUACAUGUGUUGUUGCCAACUAUAUCAACUUGAUGAAAUAAAGGCGAGGGAAGGACCUCAAUCAAACAACAAAUUAAUCAAAUUCUGGAAGUCUGUGCUGAAGUUGUGUGAGAAUUUACGAACAUUUACGCACCAUGAUAAGAACAAAUGGACAGAAGGGGAGGACCCAGCCGGAACAAUUUUUCAGUCGGCCGAUUGUUUCCCAGUAUUCGACACUCCUCGGCCAUUUUUAUCGACAACAACCUCGGCUGUAUGCCAGUACAUCAGUAGAAGUAGUAACGCAGAGGAUGAGCCAAGUUUGUACUUUCCUGCCUGCGUGACCAGUUUAGCUCCUAUACUUACAUCGGUAGAAAAUCAUGUGGAAGAUAUUGGACCACAGAACUUCCUUGAUACUUACCUUCCAUAUGUUUCCUGGACUGGAAAGCAACAGAUGUUAGAUACUUUCCUCCUUAAUGGGACAGAAAACCGACACAGGAUGGUUAUGGGUGAAGAUAUAUUGGAGAUACUUCUUGACCACCUGACCUACCCGGCUGGCCCGAGGGUUAGGGACAGGUUUAGUCACGAACAAAGCUGUAACAGCACUUCAUGGGGAUAUUAAGUCAUACAGGGUCCAGUUUCACAGAAUAAGCCUGUUAAAGAAGGAAGUAUAUUUGUUUGUUUUUCUUUAUAUAUUGGAGAAAGGCAUGCAUAAAUUGUUAUUUUAACAUAGAAGCAGUGUGUAUAAAUUGAAGCCAUUUAUGAAUAUUCUGUGUAUGCUGCUAUAAUAAGGAAAUAAAAAUAGAUAAAAAAAAGAUAAAAAUAUAAAAAUGAAACUGUUUUAAUUACUUCAAGUAUUAUUUUUUUACCACAGGUUAUAAAUUAAACUUCUAAUAUCACUGUAAUGUAAUCACUUUUUAGAUAUCUACCUUCUUUAAGAAAUAAUCUGAGACAGAUUCCACGAUCUUACUGCAGCCUGACCUCAGUGAAAGAAAGCCAGACGAUCCUUUUUCAGUCUACAGAUGAAUUAUAUACCCUUGAAGCAAAACUCAGGGAUAUCGUUGUUGUUUUAGACCGACAUUGGGCAUAUGUGGGCUUAAAGUGCUUUCAGUACUGUGACCUCCAUAACUUGAAAUCAACAGUUGAUGAAAUUUUGCAAGAAAAGAUCCAUACCCUGUACAGAAACUCAAAGCGUUCCAAUUAUGAUAUUGAAAACGAGGUGUUAACACUGCUUGACCAUAUAGUGGAUGAGUGUUUGCAAGUCAUUGCUCAGAUACAACAGUUUGCCACCAACAGGCAACAACAAUUGACGCUGAAACAGCUCAGGUCACGGCAGAGAGAUAACUUCAAGAAGUUCUUAGCAAGUGUACCAUCAUUGCUGUUGGGGCCAUGUACAUGUGUAUAUCUGUGUUGUUGGCAACUGUAUCACCUUGAUGGAAUAAAGACGAGAGAAGGACCUCAAUCUAACAGCAAAUUAAUCAAAUUCUGGAAAAGUGUGAUGCAGAUUUGUGAAAAUUUACGAACAUUUACGCGCCAUGACAAAAACAAAUGGACAGAAGGGGCAGAGUUAGUGUACCAACUGUAUGAUUGCAUCAGAUCUAAUUUGAAACAAUGCUUUGAUUGAUAUUUCGUUUAUGGCAUGCAAAUAAAUGAUUGAAUCAAUUGUUAUAAGUGUGUAGCUCAUAGGGUUGUAGUAUUGUUGUUUUUCUUUAUCACAUGGCGAAGGUUUUAUUAAACUAUGAUUACGUGUAUUGAAAAAAGCUUUUAUGUUCAUACGAAGGCAUUACUUUCACAU